GCCACGAGUUGCCGGGGAAGGUGUCCGUGAGAGGAGAGACUCGACUGAGAGGUGGGCAUAAACAACGAAGUCACAAGUCCAGAGGAAGAGCCCUGAAUUCUCGCCAUGGCUGACGUGUUGGAGAGCAGCGGGGCAGGAGCCGCUGGAGCGGCCAGUGUGGAUUGGCAGAAACGCUGUAUCGCUCUUGAAAUGCAGCUGCUGAGGUUCCGGCUCCAGGCAGGGAAAAUCCGAGAGCUGCUGGCAGAGAAGAUGCAGGAGCUGGAGCAGAGAGUGACCGAGGCUGACCAGCGGGCUGAGCAUGCUGAAAAACAGAUCCAUGUCAUGGAAGAGAAGCUGAAGUCUGCGAACAUACAAACCAAUGAAUCCGAGAGCUCGCUGUACAGAAAGUAUCAAGAGCUGACCAAUCAGGUUCAAGAGAAAGAUGCUGUAAUAAAGAGAUUAGAGAUGCAGCUGGAAAAACAGAUCUUAGUCAGAGCCCAGGAGGCAAAAGUCAUUGAGGAGAAGGCUGCCAAGAUUAAAGACUGGGUCACCUUUAAGCUAAGAGAGAUGGAGCAAGAAAACCAGCAGCUGAAAAUGGCGAACCUGAAGCAGACAGAACAGAUAAUGUUGCUGCAAGACAAACUGCAAUCCCUCUUAGAGAAACCUACAUCCUCUGCAUCCCCGGCCACUUCCCCGGUAAUGGAUACACACCUGGUGCCCAACAGCCCCCUAUUUCCUCCCAGCUGCCCUGGCACACCACCUGCCCAAGAUGACAGCUGGAGACAGACAGGUUCCCGCAGGGCCAGCUCAAACAUCAAGACCCCACCAGCAGAUGUGAAAAGGACUCCUGAACAAGUCAGUAAAGGGAUUUGCCUCGGAGACCUCACUCAUGAUCUUCUCUCUCAGAGUCGGAGCAACACUUCUGUUUCCAUCAGUGCACCAGAGCUUACAGAGGGUCAGGCAGGGUCCUCUGACAGAGACAACUCAUCUGAUGAGCUCAAUAGCAAGUUUCGCUCUCAGUGCCUUCAUUCGUCCUCAUCCUCUUCAUCUUCAUCUUCGGCCUACGAGAUGGCACAUGGAUCAAGUUCUCCAGAGUCGUCUUUUAUAAUGGCACCCAACAGUGUGCUGCUCUCUCGUUCCCCCUCCACCAGCAAUCCCUUUCCCAAACCUCACCAGCCACUGGGUAACCAGUCAGGCACCAGCAUGACGCUACCUAAGGUACGGACUCCCCUCACCCCCAGAGACAGCAUCCAGCUGGUCAAGAAGCACUACAGCCAGCCUCAGCCCAGCCUGGACAAACUCCACCACCUCAAUGUUAACAUAGACAUUAUGUCACCUUCUUCCACCUCCUCCACUCUUAAGAGCGCAGGCACCACCUCUUCACCUUUCUCUCAGGUUGUGGAAGAGACCGACAUUGAUGAUGGGCUCCCAGACAGCAUGGAUGGAGUAGUGGAGGGCCCAGCGUCAGAUGAGCUGCCCCGGGAUGGGGUUUCAUUUGUGGGGCUUGCAGAAGAGUUAGACCGAUUAGAUCCGGAAGUUCUCAAACCGCCAACACCGCCUUUACAUCGAUUCCCUUCGUGGGAGAGUCGGAUCUACGCUGUGGCUAAGUCAGGAAUGAGAGUGUCAGAGGCCAGUCUUGGAGGCAGAAGCCCUGGACGAGGAUCCAACUUACCCCAGUAUCCAGCAGCAGGCCCGUUCACUCAGCUGAUCUAUAAGAAUAUCAGCGUACCAGUAUACACCACACUGAAAGGGAAAGCCACUCAGAUCAGCAGUGUGCCUCUGCCAGAUGAUGACUCUGGGUCGGAGGAUGAUAGCAGCUCUCUGGCCAGCGUGCGGACCUCCAUUCUGAGCCCUGAUAGGAAGGGAAGCGUCCCUGGCAGCCCGAGAGCUGUCAAGAGAGGUGUGUCCAUGUCCUCCAUCAGUUCAGAGAGCGAUUAUGCCAUUCCUCCUGAUGCCUACUCCCUAGACAGUGACUACUCUGAACCAGAGCAUAAAGUCCAGCGGACCUCAUCCUACUCUUGUGAGAGCACUGGGCCUGAGAUGCUGGAGAAGUCUGGAUAUCUGCUCAAGAUGGGCAGUCAGGUGAAAGCCUGGAAGCGCCGCUGGUUCAUCCUGAGGAAUGGAGAGAUCCUGUACUACAAAUCUCCUAGUGACGUGAUCAGGAAACCUCAGGGUCAGAUUGAGCUAAACUCUUCCUGCUGCAUAGUACGUGGAGAAGGAGCGCAGACAUUUCAACUGAUUACAGAGAAGAAGACCUUCUAUCUGACCGCGGAUUCACCCAACAUCCUGGAGGAGUGGAUCAGGGUUCUGCAGAAUAUACUCAAAGUUCAGGCUAGUAGCCCACUUACCAUGGAGACGACUGCAAAGCCCUCUGUGAGAGGUUGGCUUACGAAGGUCAAACACGGCCACUCAAAACUAGUGUGGUGUUCUUUGGUUGGAAAGGUUUUCUACUACUAUCGCAACCAGGAGGACAAGCUUCCUCUGGGUCAGCUGCAAAUGCGGGAGGCAUCAGUUCAGGAAGUAGAUCGCUCCUGCGAUUCAGAUGAGGACUAUGAGGCAGGCUCUCGAGGUUUUCUCUCCUCCCACUACACCUUAGUGGUCCAACCGAGAGACCAGAGUCCUACAUAUCUGCUCAUUGGCACCAAACAGGAGAAGGAUACCUGGUUGUAUCACCUGACUGUAGCAGCUUGUAGCAAUGCAGCCUUCAAAGUAGGCACAGAGUAUGAGCAGCUCAUUGGUAAACUGCUUGAUGCUGACGGAGACCCUGAGUCUGUGUUGUGGAAGAGUGAGGCCUUGAGCUUCUGUAAGGAGGGUCUCCGCACGCCUCUCACCACGCUGCCCUCUGAAGCUCUGCAGACAGAGGCUCUCAAGCUUUUCAAGUCCUGUCAGCUCUUCAUUAAUGUGCUGGUUGAGUCUCCAUCUAUUGAUUACCACACCUCGCUGGCCCAGAAUGCUUUGCAAGUGUGCCUGAACCACCCAGAGCUGCAGAAUGAAAUUUACUGUCAGCUCAUCAAACAGACCAACUGUCGGACGCCACACAACUACUCUCUCACACAGUGCUGGCAGCUGUUGUCUUUGUGUGUGGCUCUGUUCCUCCCUCAGCAACAUUUUCUGUGGUACCUGAGACAGUAUCUGCAACGCAAUGCUAACCCAAGGAGUGAGGUGGGGAAAUAUGCAGUGUAUUGUCAGAGAUCUUUGGAGCGAACUCUGCAGAAUGGAGAGCGGGAGGCUAAACCUUCACGUAUGGAGAUAGUUUCCAUCCUUUUGCGGAACCCCUAUCACCAUUCACUACCUUUCAGCAUCCCAGUUCAUUUCAUGAACAACACCUACCAGGUAGUGGGAUUCGAUGGGUCGACUACAGUGGAGGAGUUCCUCAACACGCUGAACCAGAGGAUUAGCAUGAGGAAACCACAGCUGACUGGAUUUUCCCUCUUCACUGAUGAUCCAUCUGGCAAAGACCUGGAGCACUGCCUGCAGCCAUCUGCCAAGAUCUGUGAUGUUAUUUCCAAAUGGGAACAGGCUCUAAAGGAGCUGCAUCCUGGGAAAAAUGAAGGAACACGGAUUGUACGCCUAACAUACAAGAACAGGUUGUAUUUCAGAUCUCAGGUAAAGGGAGAAAUGGAGCGAGAGCGCCUCCUGCUGGCAUACCAGGUGAAUGAUGAAGUCCAGCAAGGCCAUUUUCCUGUAAACAAAGAGCUGGCUCUUGAAGUGGCUGCCCUCUUGGCCCAGGUUGAACAUGGUGAUUUGGACAGACCAGGUGCCUCCUCUCCCUCUGGCUCUUCUCAGCCUAAAUCUCAAAUAAUUCUCCUUCAAGCCUUAGAACGCUUCUACCCAAAACGCUACAAACAGGACUGCAGCUCAGAGCAGCUCAAAGACCUUACCGAGCGUCUCGCCACUAAGUGGUCAAUGCUGCGUGGGUGCAGUGCAUCCGAGUGUGUAAGAAUAUACCUAACUGUGGCUCGGAAAUGGCCUUUGUUUGGAGCCAAGCUCUUCAGUGCCAAGCCUGUACCCCCCUCUACUAUUGAGCAGAGCCAGGUGUGGCUGGCAGUCAAUGAGGAUGGAUUGUGUGUGCUGGACUACACAAUGCACACUCUGGUCACGUACUCCUACCAGUCUGUGAUUACCUUUGGUGGUUGUCGUGAUGAUUUCAUGGUGGUCACGAGCCAACAGAGGGAGGCUGGAGCCGGGAAGAAGAGCGUGGAGAAGCUGGUCUUUGCUAUGCCUAAACCUAAGAUAUUGGAGCUGACUCUGCUCAUGGCCAGCUACAUUAACCACUGGAACCCCAGCCUCCCAUCUGCCUCUCACCAGCCCCUCAGCCACUGGGAUGCAGACAGCAGGCACUUCCCAACCAUGAACUACACCACCAAGGGCCCCACGCUACUGUGAAUUGCGCAAAUUAAAAAAAAUUGAGAAAGACUGUUAGUAGAGGGAGGUUUGAUGACAGCAGUUACUAUUACUUUGCAUUCAUCUGGAGUGCACUGGGUUGCAUGUCCUGAGUUUUCAUUCUUACAGAAGAGGUACUUUUAUUAAAGUUUUUAUUAUUGUUGUUGUUCUUAUUAAGAGUUAGAAUUAGAAAUGUCAGGAUCAGUCUUUUAGACUAUUUAUUUCAACACAGGUGUUUCAACUUUGCAUUUCAUAGGUGCUAGUUCACUUGGGAAUUCAGUGUUGAAAUUGGACAUCAGAACCAUUCCUGAAAUACUGUAAUGAUCUGAGGACUUGAUGAUACUCGAUGUUCCCACUUGCAGAAGUCAUAAUUUGUCUGCCUGUGUCACUAGAAUUUUUCAUCAUCAGCGAUCAAAAGUAAAUGACAAUGAAGCAAGAGUCUGAAUAUGAUGAAGAGCUGCUGCUCGUUUAGAAAGGAGCUAAUGUUGCGUAUUUUAGGACAGAUUCAUACAUUUUAAUCUGUUAAUUACCCAUAAUAUAAUAUUUGACUAAUGUAGGGCAGCAAAUAGCAAUUAAUAUGGUAGAUUGAAAUGACUAAUUUCUCAAUUAUCUAAUUAAUGAAAUAUUUUGUCCUGCAAAUGUCAGAAAUUUCAGUUGAUGCCCCUCACAGAUGUCUCUCUAGCAAAUGGACAGAUUCAGAUUUAGUUGAAAAAUUGUCUAAAAAGUUGAAAGUUGGAAAAAUAUUUGACUCUUGAGUUACUGGAAACAGUGAAUUGAUAGUAUUUUCUUGCUUUGUUCUUUCACAAUAAGACAAAAUGGUCUUCCCUAAUUACACUAAACAUACAGUAUAUUUAAAAUUACAUUAUUUUUAAUCGAUCAUCAGGCAAACAAAAGGAGAGAACACUUUCUUUCUUUUUCUUUUUUUUUAAAAGAGCUAUCAAAAUAUUAUAAUGACUUGAACUGUUUUGGAUAAACCACUGUCUUGCUUAUGUUAUAAUAGCUAUUUAUUUCUCCAUAACAUUAGGAAAUGUUUACCACAAAUGUCACAUUUGUGUGGGGAAAAUGUCGUUUCCUUUGUGUAGCAGAGUACGUCUGGUUACUGUAUUGACAUCUGUUGCAAUUGUUUAAAAGAUGUAGCUUGUAUGUCUGUGUGUGGUUAUUAAAAUAAAUGAUAAAU